AUGGAUCAUCGACGUGCGCCCCUUAGUGGCCCUGACCAGCACUACCACCGUCCUUCGCUCCCAUCCGACCACUCCGUUCCUCCUUCCAACCAACAGGUUUACCCUCCACCUAGACCACAUAGUCUACCGAGCGUCGACACCUUUCCUCCUCCCUCACAACCACAUCAGUACCAAGGCCAGCAACCCCCGCCGACCAUCAUACACCCUGCGCCGCACUCCGAGGGUCCGGAGAGAGCUGAACAUCCAUAUACCGCUCCACCUGCUGUACACGGAGCCCCUGUCAUCAAAUCAGAUCUCCCUCCUGCGCCGCCUCAGUACCCGCGCCCGUCGAGUAACCCUCUGCAAUCACAUCCUCAGCCUCAGCCGCAAGCCCAAUCGCAACAUCCCGGACCACCAUCGAGUACCCGACCACCUAUGGAACACCAUCCAGCUGCUUAUGUGCAGCAUCCGCCGCCGCCACCACCACCACCCCCACAAGGUGAACAUGUCAACUAUAUAGUUGGCCCCAUGCUGGAUCCUUAUGGUCAACCACCACCAGGAUAUUACCCACAGUACAUGCCAGCCAUGCACAUGUCGAAUCCAAACUUGCGGAAGAAAAGUUCACGCGCCAGUCAGGCCUGCGAUAGAUGCCGUGAGCGUAAGUCGAAGUGCGAUGAGAAUCGUCCCUGUGUAACAUGCAAGGAGCAAGGUCUGGUGUGUAAUUACAAGGAUGCGCAUCCAACAAAAGCCGACAAGAACAACCAAGCUCUUUCCGACAUGAUUACCGAAGUCUUGACGUCCAUCAAAGCAAUAGGCGAUCGUCUCGGUGUUGUUGAGGAGCGUCUUGCCAUUCAGCCACCGCCUUUGGCUCGUGUUGAUACGCCAAAUCCGUCCAGUCAGGCGAACUCGGAUGCUAUGGUUAUAAACAGCAACAAUGUCGAAGAUCUGACGGUCAUUCAGCAGCAGCAGACAUGGGAAAUUGGGGAUCACACCACAGCGGCGCACAAAUUAUUGCUUCGUUGGCCUUCCAUUCAACCUUUCGUGCGCACCAACAAAUGCAUUAUCAGCGAGAAUUACGUUAUGAAAGGCGAAGAUCGCGGCAUACUGCGUCUCUACGGUGCUGGCGAGCGUGUGAAAGAUGAGCAGGUAAACAUUGGCGCUGCAAGUCCUGCAGGCAGUUCAAAUGGAGACGAUUAUCUUGCUUCAACCCCUGAAAAUGAUCCUCGACGGUCUGAGCCCUUUACUCCUGGUUCUCCUGCCAUUUCCAUGGAUCUUGACACCAUUGAAAAUUUGUUCAACUCCUACAAGAAAAAUAUUCACAGGCUGCAUCCUUUUUUGGACAUUGAGCGGAUUGGAAAAUAUCUAAAGGAAACCUUUAUUCCAAAGCACUGCGCAGAAGUCAAGAGUCAUCACUCGCCAUUGUUUGUCACGAAUGGCACUGGUGAGCGGGUAACCAAACGCAGAAAAGUUGCCCGCAGCGAACAAUUCGCCACCGGCACUCUACCAGGAGAGCAAACAAGCAGCUCUUCAUCUUCACAGCCAAGGCGCGCGCCAGAAAGGAAUCUUACCAAUGCCAUAGUGUACCUGAUCCUUGCUUUGGGCAAGAUCUGUGAGACUGGCGACCCCCUUCCUGGUCCUGUACAAGAAAUUGCGUCGACGAGCAAGCCUAAUCCUUCUCACACAACAAUGGCAUCACCUCAUCUCCAAUCGAACCUUUUAUCUCCGGGACAGGUACCUAGCAAUGUCGCCAACUCCUCCGCUGGAGUCACACGUGCUCAGUCCUGGGAUGGCAGCGGAACUCAAACAUCAGACAAAAGGCAAGCCCAAAAUCAUGAAAAGAUUGCUGGCUUUGUCUACUAUCGCGAGGCUGCCUCUAUUCUUGGCGAUUUUACAGACUCGAAUGAGCUUGCAGCUGCCCAAGCACGUCUCCUUGCUGGUCUAUACAAAGGUCAACUGGCCAGAGUUCAGGAGAGUUGGAGCUGGAUAAGCACGGCUGCACGGACUUGCCUUUAUCGCAUGAAAAUUGACGGCUUGAACAACACGAUAAAGGACAAACAGAUGGGGCGAAUUUUCAACAAACAUGAAAAUCUGACUAUCCUCACUUUCUGGUCGGCUUUACAGCUUGAGAGUGACAUCCUCGCUGAGUGGGACUAUCCUCGGAGCGGCCUACAUCUACUCGAGAACACAGUCACUUAUCCUGGGCAACUCAUGACACCAGCCGAUCAAUUGUCCCAGGAAGAGCAGCGAGAGAGAUACAUCAUAUCAUUGUAUUAUUCAGCUCAACUCUAUCUGCGCACUAAGCUGAACAGGAUACACACAGAUGUGUAUGGAGGACAACUAUCUUCAGAAGAUCCUCAAAGGCUUGCCGAGCUUCUCUGGCAGCAAACCGAUGACUUGGAAGGCUGGCGACAGAUCGUGCCCGAGUAUCAUUGGUCGGACGACGACCCUCCUGCUUCUGAUAUUGUCGCCGCUCGGUUAAGAGGAAAGUAUUACGGGGCUUGCUACGUCUGUACCCGGCCAUAUCUCGACUAUGCUCUACAUGUCAUGUACGAACUUGACAAAGGCAAAACCCUCGAAGAGCUAACAAAAGAUGCCAACGGACGACAUCGGGAAACCGAGUAUGCGCUAUUCACUGCCAUCAGGGAAUACAACGACGAGGAAAUGGUUAAGUCCAAGUGUCGCAUUUGUAUCGAUGCUGCCAUGCGCAGUACUGUAGCUUUUGACGGAGUGGAAAAUUUCGAGCGUCGCCUGAUAGUCACCAACAUCAUGGGAACUGCUCAUGCACAAUUUGGCAAUAUGCUUGUUCUUGCAGCAGUGUACAGCUGUAACAUCGAAUGGCUCAAAGAGCUGGUGCCCAGGGACAAGUUACAAGCCUUGCUCCGUCGCACAAUCGCCUUCAUUCGCCGUUUACAACAGGCUUCCAAUGUUGCAGUCAGCGAUAUUUUGAUACUCGAAGCGAUUGACCGCAUCCUGUUUCCUGAGAGCGAAGGGAAUGACCUUUACAAAAAUGAAGGCCUGACCGGGGAUUCUAUCGGGUCUGUCGGUUCAUUCAACUCCGUCGAUGCCAUUGUCUGA